AUGCUAGCUGAGAUGCCAGAAGUUUCCGAAUUACACCCAGUACCAGAUGCUCAUGUGCCUGUUCUGGUGUUCAAACUUUGUGGGGUGUCUAUUGACCUUUUAUAUGCAAACCUCGCACAUGUGGUGAUUCCUGACGAUCUUGAUCUUUCUCAGGACUCCAUACUGCACAAUGUUGAUGAACAGGCUGUCAGUAGUUUAAAUGGAUGUCGAGUUACGGAUCAAAUCUUACGAUUGGUCCCAAACAUUCCGAGUUUCCGCACAAUCUUAAGGUUCAUGAGAUACUGGGGGAAGCGCCGUGGGGUGUACUCAAACGUUAUAGGAUUUUUGGGUGGCAUAAAUUGGGCUAUUCUUGUUGCUCGUAUAUGUCAAUUGUACCCAAAUGCAUCGCCCAGCAUGUUGAUAUCUCGGUUUUUCAGAGUCUACAGCCAGUGGAAGUGGCCCAACCCUGUUACACUUUGCCAUAUUGAGGAGGGUCCUCUUGGCCUCCCUGUGUGGGAUCCAAGAAGAAACUUUAGAGACAGGGGCCAUCAGAUGCCUAUAAUUACACCUGCCUAUCCUUGUAUGAAUUCUAGUUAUAACGUAUCUACUAAUACUAGGUAUCUGAUGGUCCAAGAAUUCACACGAGGAUACGAGAUCUGCCAGGUAUUUAUUAUUUCAGAAUAA